AUGGGUCGGCAUAGGCCAUUGCACACCGACAUCCGUGGAGGCCGAUGCACUUUGCUCCAAGUUGAUGUUCUUGACGAAGGAUGGUUGCUUGAGGACCGUUGGCACCUAGGCUGUCAGGUCGUGGCAUUAGCUUUUUCGAAGGGUCAGUUGGAGCCAUUACCACAGGAAGUCUAUGACCAAGUGCGCUCCGAUCCCUCGUUGCUGCGCGGCUUCAUUGGCAGCUGCUGCCGUUCGCUGGGCAUUGACCCCUCGGAGGAGCUGUUGGAGGCGACGGCGACGGAGGCCACUGGGCAGCUGGCAGACGUGAUGCGGCGGCUGAAGGCCGCAGCGCUAGAGCUGGAAGAGCUCGAAGAGGAGGCACCGGAGACUGUGGAACUCUCAGAGGAUUCGGAGGAGAUGAAGGCUGAGUUGGCCUCAAGGAGCCAACGCAUCAUCGAGGAGUUGAAACCCAUGUUCCCCAAGAUUGAAGUUGUUGAGGUCUCGCUGCUGAGAGUCUUCCAGCUUCAAGACAAGAAGCGCAGCAGCGAUGCCUCGGUGGCCGACGUCUUUCGACAGGUGGAAUCUCGGAAAGAGCGCUUGAAGAUUGCAGACUAUUCCAUUACCCAAGCUUCACUGGAGCACGUCAUUGGGCCAAGCUUCAGGUCUUCAAUCAACUUGCACGGCAAGAUCAUUGAAACCUCGCAGAAUCGACCACUGGAAGAUGCUGCUGAAGCCGCUGGCCGCCCCAAGGGGGGACCUGCCAGUUUACCUGCUCCGAAACUUGUACUUCUCGGAGUGCUGAAGUGGGGUCAGAUGGUCUUUCUGCCUUUGCCGGCCGACUUGGACGAUUCCAAUGAUGACGAGGGUGUUCUGGAGGCCAGUCGGCAGCUCUCCCAGUAUGUGGCCCGACGUCGACGUCACGCUUUGCCGGCCGUGGCGGAGGCGCCGCAAGGACUUUCCGGCGGCGUUAGCGGCGGUUCCGCGGAGCUGCGAGAAGUGCUGCAGCAGCGCGUGACGCGCCUGGCGGAGGAACUCAUGAAACAUGACGUGGAGCUCCAGGAGCUUCGGCAGCGCAGUCGGGCGGUGCCUCCAGAGGUGCAUCAACUCCAGGAAGAGAACUCCGUGUUGGCCACCCGUGGCGCGAAGCUCUGCGGGGAGGCGGCGCAGCAGGCAGCGAAGCGGGGACAGCUGGAGGAGCAGCAGCAGCAGAAGAUGGAGGAGGUCCAAGGCCUGAGGGCGCAGCGCGGCCAGGUAGCGGAGCAGCUGGAGGCGGCGGAAGGCCGCGAGGCGGCCGCCAGGAGGAGCCAGGAGUCCGCGCUCAAAGCCCUGGAUCUGGAAAGGUGGCGUAGUCAGGACUUGGUGCGGUCCCUGACGUCGGCCCUGCAGCAGCGGCAGCUCAGCAGCGAGGAGGCGGAGAAGAGGGCGCUGCAGGCGGAGCGCGAGGCCACUUCGCUCGAAGCAAGCUGCGCGGGGCCUGCCGAUGUCCAGCAAGCUGAAAGCGUGGCGGAGAAGGAGAGCCUGCGCAGGCAGCAGCUGGUGCAGCAGCUGGAGCUGGAACUGGAAGAGGCGCAGCGUCAGAGAGGUGAACAUGCAGAGGAGCAGCAGCGGCGGCAGCGACAGAACCAGGCUGCGGUGCAGCAGCAAAGGACGCUGCAACGGCUGGCACAGGCGCGCCUUGAGGCGCGAGGGUUGGAAGAGGCGGCGCAGACCUUGGCCAAAGAGCUGGCGGAGAGUGAGCAGAAGUCUGAGGAGAGCGACCGCAAGGCCAUGGCUGUGGCGAAGGAACUCACAGAGACAUCGAAGCACGUGGCCAUGCUGCGCGCAGAGUUCAGCAGCGGAACCCUGCAGCGGAAAGAGCUGGACGCGGCGCGGAAGGAAGCUGGGGCCUUGCAACAGCGCUUUAGCGCUGUCGGAGCUCAUGAGAGGUCUCCGCUGGAGGAGGAGCGCGCACUCAAGGAGGCGCUCCGCAGUGCCUGGGAGAACGAGGCCUUGGAGCGUACGCAGACGGAGGAGAAGCUGCAUCGUGCGGAGGUCUUCUGGCAGCGCUUGCAGGAGCAGCUGCAGUCCCUCACCUCCUUCGCGCAUCGCUGCAGGCAUGAUUUGCUGGGAAGCGGCCUGCCGGUGCUUCCGCCACUCACCUGGGAUGCUGCAGGGACCGCAGGUUCCCUCAAGGCCUUGGUGGACUUCUUCGAGUCCAUGGCAAAGCUGCGGAUGCACACAGAGGCCAAUGGGCCCCGCGUGCCAUCGCUGUCUGCAUCCCCUGCUCGCAGCCAGCCAUGGAGAUGAAGGUCCUCCGUCUCCAGGUUUCACUGAG